AUGGCGCAGUUCCUACGAGGCAAACAGGCUGGUAUCCAGCGCGACCUGUCCGAAGGCCUGGCCGCGGACUUCUUCCAGCUCGACGACUUUGAACGAUGUGGUGUGAAUUCACAGAUUAGCGCCGUCGCGUACGACCCCGUCCAAUCCCUCCUUGCCAUCGGCACCAGCGAUACCCAGUUCGGCAGCGGCCAGAUAUACGUCUAUGGUCAACGGCGAGUGUUGGUAACUUUUCAGUUCCCACGGAAAGCCUCAGCCAGGUUCAUUCAGUUUUGCGGUGAUAAACUCGUCAGCGUCGACUCCAAGAACGAGAUCAGCAUAUACUCGCUUGAAACGAGGCGCGUGGUAACCUCGUAUGCGCCUCCGGGACAGGCUACAGCCCUUGCAACGGACCCGAGUCUCGACUACGCAUUUAUCGGCCUCUCAAAUGGCGAGGUCAUCGCGUACGAUCUCGACCGCGAAUCCUUAACUGCGUACAAGAUUCCGAACCUAUGGCUGGAUGUGAACCCUCGAGCACGGCUAUUCCCCGUGGUGUCGCUUGCAUUCUCGAGCCGCGAUAUCGGCAAGAUCCUUAUUGGAUAUCCUGAGGGAGCUGUCACCUUUUCAUUCAAGCAAAAUGUUGCGCAGAAGUAUUUCAUCUACGAAGUUCCUGUCGGGGCCCCGGGCGGAGACCCCGAAGCCCCCGCGGCUGGCGUGCGCAGGCCCAAGAUGACCGACGCUAUUUGGCAUCCUAAUGGGAUCUUCAUCUUGACCGUCCAUGAAGACACCAGCUUAGUCCUCUGGGACUCGAAGGAUGGUCGCAAGCUCCAGGCCCGCACCCUCCAAGCUACAAAUGUUGAUCAGCCAGGGGGCUCGAGACCAUCCGGACCAGAUGGAGAGACUAGCGGACCCAAAGAACCCAUAAUAAAGGUGACAUGGUGCGCCAAAGAAAAUCCCGAUGACACUGGGCUCCUUGUUGCGGGUGGCCGACAUGUUGGCGCUCCGAAUAAGGGUCUUACUUUCUUGGAUAUAGGACCAACUCCCAAUUACUCGACAUCUUCCUGGCAAGUCCUCUCUAGUUAUUUUGAAAGGACUCGCCGACAUAUGAAUUUGUCGAUUCCUCCAGGGGCAAGGGCGAUCAACUUCUGCCUGAUUCCCCGCUCUUCUCCCUACUUUGCGGGCGCUCAUGAUCCAAUUGCUUUGCUUGUAGUCCUCUCUUCAGGAGAACUGGUCACGAUGAGUUUCCCAAGCGGACACGCCAUUACGCCGACCAAUAUGCUCCAUCCGUUCCUUUCCUUCGUUCACCCUUUUGUGAACAAAGUCACUCUCACACCAGUCGAUCGCACAGUCUGGCUCGGGUUGCGGGAACGUCGCAUGCAAGGUCCGAAGUUCAUAAUUGGAGGUGCGGAGGCCAAGAACCCGCUGAAGCGGUUUGAGAACCGGAAUAUAAUUACCACUGCUCAUGCAGAUGGAACUAUCCGUCUUUGGGAUGCUGGUCAUGACGAUGAAAUCGAGAAUGGAGACGCCAUCCAAGUGGAUUUGGCUCGAGCCGUGGGUCGAGUCAACAAUGUUGAAGUAACUGAAAUGUCUCUGGCCAGUGGGUCGGGUGAGCUUUCUGUUGGCCUUCGAACUGGAGAGCUUGUCAUAUUCAGAUGGGGCAAUAAUGCAUCGCAAGGCCGGGAAGAGCCUGUCGGCACGAACCAGCCCGGGAAACUGACUCCGAUUUCCCACAGGACAGAUCCGGGUCUCAAGGCAGGCCUUGUGCCCGUGACUCUACUGGAUAUGCAACAAGGACCUGUGACAGCCUUGAAGCACAGCCCGGUAGGAUUUGUGGCUGCUGGAUUUGAGGGUGGCAGUUUGGCCAUUAUUGACUUGCGUGGCCCGGCAAUCAUUCACACUGCUCACCUAUCCGAUUUCGCAAAGGCAAACAAGCGGAGUAGUUUCCUGAAGAAAAGUGCAUCGGAGGAGCCUCCGGCUGAUUGGCCUACGUUCAUCGAAUUCGGUGUUAUGACAUUGGAAGGCGAAGACUACUCAAGCAUUUGCUGCUUCGUUGGCACAAACCGAGGAAACGUGGCAACAUUCAAAGUCCUGCCGGCGUCUAAUGGUGCCUACACGGCUGCAUUUGCGGGAGUCACGAACGUGGAAGAUAAAAUCACCAACCUUAUUCCCAUUGACGCUGAUUCUGGUGGUAAUGCCCUAGCCACACCCAACGCGGUUGGCGGAUUGAGAACCGGUACUAAGGUCAACGGCGUUGUCGUUGCGGUUACCCCGUCCAGCUGCAGAAUUUUCAAACCCCCAACGUCCAAGGGUGCUCACAAGACCUGGGACGACUACUUUGUCGAUUCUUCAGCGAUUGUCAGGACUGAGGGACGUGGUUACAGCCUGGUUUGUCUCUGUGGGGAUGGCAAUGCUCGCGCAUUCUCUAUCCCGGCACUUAGGGAGAUUGGAUGCUCCAAAAUUGGGCAGAUUGCCGAUAUGCGGCGACUCUCCGAAGCAUGUAUUACUCCUACGGGUAGCGUGAUGACAUGGACUGGCCCGUCUGAAAUUGGAAUGUUCAACGUCUGGGGAGUUGGUCAUCAAAUGAGCCCAUCUCAAGAUCGACUAUAUGAUCCUGCAAAGGUGACACCCGCACGCCCAACGAUUACCAACAUCCAGUGGAUCUCGGGUACUCAAUAUAUCUCCCCGCAAGAUAUGGACAUUCUGAUCGGUGGCCCCGACCGUCCGCCAUCUAAGCGCAUGAUCGAACAGAUGAAGCUAGACGAGCAACAGCGACGGCAAGCGCUGCGAGAAGGCCGUGCACCGCCUCCAGCACCAGGCAACGAGGAGAGCUAUUGGUCAUCCAUGACGCGUGGUAUCCAGGAACGCACAGAACGCCUCGGAAUUGCAGGCGAUACGAUGGACCGAUUAGAGGAAAACAGCAGCAGUUUUGCUAGCGAUGUGGGUAAAUACGUCCAGAGCCAAAAGAGGAAAGCUGUCUUUGGUGCACUGGGCUCCAAAUUCGGGCUUUAG